AUGGCGGAAGUGCUCGGCGUCGCAUCCAGCGUCAUCGCUGUGGUUGAUUUGUCUGCCAAAGUGUUCUCCCUUUGCCUCCAGUACUUCCAAGAGGUGAAGAACGCCAAAGCCGAUAUCGAACGGCUUCGCAACGAAGUUGCGGACUUUAAGACCACCGCAGAGCAGGUCCGAGAUCUCGUCGAAGGGCCUCGUGGACAGGAGCUGGAAGCGUCUCGACAGUUGGGCUCCGCAAUCAAAGAUGGCUAUUCGACACUGGAAAAACUCGCGCAGGCGCUCGAACCUUCCAAGCGUCAGAAGGCGAUGAGCCGCUUCGGUAUACGCGCAUUCAAAUGGCCAUUCGAAAGCAAAGAUAUUGAGGGAACCAUACAUCAUCUUGCGCGCUGCAGAGAUAACAUUUCGUUGGCACUGAAUGUUGAUCAGACCACAAUCAUUCAGAACGUCGACCACAGGAUCGCUCUCGACAGGCUGCCUAUCGCAGAAGGGGCCUCGUUCGACUCCCAUGCCGAAGAACACAACCGGACAUGCUUGCCAAACACUCGAGUUGAUCUGCUCGAAGAUGUAUCUCGAUGGAUUGCUGACCCCAACUCAAAGACAAUAUACUGGCUGAACGGCAUGGCGGGAACUGGAAAGUCGACCAUCUCACGCACUGUCGCUCGGUCUCGGUCCAAGCAAGGUGACCUCGGUGCUAGUUUCUUCUUCAAGAGAGGAGAGACUGACCGAGGGAACUUGGCCAAAUUUGUGUCUACCCUGGCCCGCCAGCUGGCCUUCAAUAUUCCGGAGGUUGCGCCGUUCAUCAAGAAAGUAACCGAUUCCGAUGCAGCAAUCGUUGACAAGGCCGUGAGGGAGCAGUUUGAAAAGCUCGUUCGAGAACCAAUGUCAAAAGCAGCGGCAACGCCAUCGACCCGAUCGUCGGUCGUUAUUGUCGUCGAUGCGUUGGACGAGUGUGAGAGUGAUGUUGACAUUAAGCUACUUCUUGAGCUUUUUUCCAAUGCACGCUCUAUGGGUCCCUUACGAGUUCGAGUGCUUGUUACCAGUCGACCCGAACUUCCCGUACGUCUUGGUUUUCGUUCUAUCGACGGCACCUAUCAAGACCUGGUACUACAUAAGAUCCCACAAUCGAUCAUUGAGCACGACAUAUCUGUCUUUCUUCGCCAUGAAUUCGCCAAAAUUCGCAAAAACUUUAAUAACUUGACAGAAGAAGAGCUGAAACUGCCAAUGCAUUGGCCUGGGGAAACCAACCUCAGGAAGCUCACCAUGGCAGCGACGCCUCUCUUUAUUUUUGCCGCGACUCUCUGCCGCUUCAUCAAUGACUCAAGUCUUGGCAACCCUGAUGAGCUUCUGCAGAGGGUACUGAAUCUCACGGGUAAUAGCCAUGCCUCAAAGCUUGACAUGACCUACUCACCAGUUCUGGAGCAACAAGUCAUCAAUAGGUCAGGACGUGAGAGACAUGACGUCAUCGAGAGCUUCCGUCUCAUCGUCGGCACUAUCGUCACGCUGGCUAGCCCCUUAUCCAUGCGCGCUCUCGCGCUACUUCUCGAUAUCCAUAUCGAUAAGGUGACGACUAGGCUAAAGAUGUUACAUUCUGUUCUGGAGGUUCCAGGGACUCUCGACUCGCCGGUGCGACUGCUACAUUUGUCAUUCCGGGAUUAUCUCGUCAAUCCAGAGAACAAAGAGACGCUCGAGUUUUGGGUGAAUGAGAAACUCGCUCACCGAAACCUGGCAAAACACUGUUUGCAUGUUAUGCAUGGCGCUUUGCGUGAGAACGUUUGCGGCCUGUCUUUCCCAGGUAUGCGUCAAUCUGCGGUGGACGCUCUACAACUCGAGAAAUACAUACCUCCACAGCUUCAGUAUGCCUGUCUUUACUGGGUACAUCAUCAGACAAAGAUUGAUUUUGAGUCGAAUGAUAGCCACGAGAUCUAUGAUUUCUUGACUACACACUUUCUUCAUUGGCUGGAGGCGCUGAGCUUGAUGGGCCGAGUUAGAGAAGGUCUCGACUCACUCAGGUCGUUAGUGGAUUCGCUAGAGAACCGAGGAGAUUCAAGCCUCUCGAAUUUUUUGGCUGAUGCAAUUCGGUUCCUCCAGGCAAAUUUCUCUGUGAUUAAUGACGCACCGUUGCAGAUAUAUUCUUCUGCCCUGGUUUUCGCGCCAAAGAGGAGCCUCAUCAGAAUGUCAUUCGAGAAUUCUGUUCCAGGAUGGUUAACUAUUAGGCCGCGAGUCAAAGAGGACUGGGAUGCAUGCCUGUUGACGUUGGAGGGCCAUAGUGGCGAAGUCAGGUCGGUGGUGUUCUCGCACGACUCGACGAUGGUGGCAUCGGCCUCUUACGACAAGACGGUACGGAUCUGGAACGCAAAGUUGGGGAAGUGCGAACAGGUGCUGGAGGGCCAUAGCUGGCCGGUCAGCUCGGUGGUGUUCUCGCACGACUCGUCGAUGGUGGCAUCGGCCUCUUACGACAAGACGGUACGGAUCUGGAACGCAAAGACGGGGAAGUGCGAACAGGUGCUGGAGGGCCAUAGCGACUCGGUCAACUCGGUGGUAUUCUCGCACGACUCGUCGAUGGUGGCAUCGGCCUCUUACGACAAGACGGUACGGAUCUGGAACGCAAAGAGGGGGAAGUGCGAACAGGUGCUAGAGGGCCAUAGCGAUAAUGUCAACUCGGCGGUAUUCUCGCCCGACUCGACGAUGGUGGCAUCGGCCUCUAGGGACAAGAUGGUACGGAUCUGGAACGCAAAGACGGGGAAGUGCGAACAGGUGCUGGAGGGCCAUAGCUGGCCGGUCAGCUCGGUGGUGUUCUCGCCCGACUCGUCGAUGGUGGCAUCGGCCUCUUACGAUAAGACGGUACGGAUUUGGAACGCAAAGACGGGGAAGUGCGAACAGGUGCUGGAGGGCCAUAGCGACUGGGUCAGGUCGGUGGUAUUCUCGCCGGACUCGACGAUGGUGGCAUCGGCCUCUUACGAUAAGACGGUACGGGUAUGGAACGCAAAGACGGGGAAGUGCGAUCAAGUGCUGGAGGGCCAUAGCGAUAAUGUCAACUCGGUAGUAUUCUCGCCCGACUCGACGAUGGUGGCAUCGGCCUCGGAUGACGAGACGGUACGGAUCUGGAACGCGGAGACCGGCGAUUGCGAGCGAGUACUGGAGGGCCAUAGUAUAUUGGUCAACUCGGUAGUAUUUUCGCCCGACUCGACGAUAGUGGCAUCAGCCUCGGACGACGAGACGGUACGGGUCUGGAACGCAAAGACGGGGAACUGCGAUCAAAUGCUGGAGGGCCAUAGCGAUAAUGUCAACUCAGUGGCGUUCUCGCCUGACUCGAUGAAGGUGGCAUCGGCCUCUUCUGACGAGACGGUACGGGUCUGGAACGCAGAGACGGGGAAGUGCGAUCAAGUGCUGGAGGGCCAUAGCGACUGGGUCAACUUAGUGGCGUUCUCGUCCGACUCGACGAAGGUGGCAUCGGCCUCUUCUGACAAGACGGUACGGGUCUGGAACGCAAAGACGGGGAAGUGCGAACAGGUGCUGGAGGGCCAUAGCUCCUGGGUCAGCUCGGUGGUAUUCUCGCCGGACUCGACGAUGGUGGCAUCGGCCUCUUACGAUAAGACGGUACGGGUCUGGAACGCAAAGACGGGGAAGUGCGAUCAAGUGCUGGAGGGCCAUAGUAUGUUGGUCAACUCGGUAGUAUUCUCGCCCGACUCGACGAUGGUGGCAUCGGCCUCGGAUGAUGAGACGGUACGGAUCUGGAACGCGGAGACCGGCGAUUGCGAGCGAGUACUAGAGGGCCAUAGCGACAAUGUCAACUCAGUGGCGUUCUCGCCCGACUCGACGAAGGUGGCAUCGGGCUCUUCUGACGAGACGGUGCGGAUUUGGAACACGGAGACCGGAAUAUGUAAGGCCGUCAUUUCGCUGGACGCCUACGCACACGUUCUUUCCUUCACGCCCGACGAGCGUGGCAUUGUCACAGAUAUUGGCGUUUUUACUUUGACUGGCGACUUAGAAUCUUCCGCAGAGCCUCCCAUGUCAUCGCGGCCUUCGGAGGUCUCAACGCUCGGCUUGCGGGACGGGACCUGGGUGACGACGACAGGAACGGACUUGUUCUGGCUACCUACCGAAUGUCGUGGUGGACAAGCAGCUGUUUCGGGAAGCACGGUUGUCGUAGGCUGUCGGUCAGGAAGAGUCGUGUUAUUGGGGUUUUCUGGUACGGAAAUAGCGAAAAUAUGA